CGAAUUCGCUGGAACAUCUCGUGGGAGUCCCCUGAGGAGCGAUGAUAGCCGGGACCGAUUACUCGGUGAAGAACCCGUCGCCACCACCGCCGACCAUAUGCGUUCGUUAUUACGCGGCCACCGCGUAGGCAUCGGACUCGUGUCACGUUCGUCGUAACGUAAACAACUCGUAUACACAUACGACCGUUUCUCUCCAGCUGAUAUACAUUCGUUCUAAAACGCGAGAUAUAUUUUUUACAUCUUCGUCACGAGGGAUCGAAGCGACAGAGGAAAUCGACAGAGAAAAAGCUUGAUUAAUAGCACAUUAUAACAAUUCAUCCAAUAACGUUGGAUAAUAAUUCGUGAUAACUAUUGUACUUAUCGUGACAGAGUGGAAUUUUCUAUUGGUGACAAUUCGCUAGUUCCGAUGACGAUCUCUCGCGUGGAUGAUCAACUGGAGUUGAAGAGAAAGGAACACAAGAACAGAAGCGGUUCCAUGAGACGAGAGGAUCUUCCCAACGAAGACGACGGUAUCGAGCGAUUCUACGGUGACGGACUCGUCGUCAGGAUGCACUCGAAUCAUCGCAUGCUGGAAAUCACGGGCGAUGGUUGCCGGAUCAUUCUGUCGAAAAAUUCCGGCAGCGUACACAUCAUUGGCGAUGGCUGCAUAUUGCGUGUAAAACACAACGUGGGCGAUAUCGAAUAUACCGGUGACGGUGGUCGUGUCCUCCUUGGUCCGGACUCUUCCAGAGAGAAGGUAAAAUUCGUGGGCGACGGUGGGAAGGUGAUUUUCGAUUCGAGAAUGAAAUCGGAAGGAUUCUCAGGAGAGCGAAACAGGGAAGAAACCGAUGACGUAGAACAAGUCACGUUUUCGUUUAAAAAAAUUAUCAGGAAGACACCGAAAUGCGAGAAGCACGAAAAUGCUGAUAGAUCAUCGAAUCGGGAAGAGUUCGAUAACAUCGCGAACGAUGUGAAAGAAAAGAGUCGAGGGAAGCACGAGAAGCGCAACGAGGAAAUACGGAAAUCCAUGAGGCAUCCAACCGUUACGAAGAUCAUCACGAAGAUCCAAAGCGAUGGUCAAUGCGUGAGGAAACGCUCUGACGAUUCUUCGUUGAUCAUUAAUUCCCACGGUGAUGAACGUUCCGUAAUGAAAAAUCUAUCGAGAACUUUGGGCACGAAUAUCAAGAUGAAAUAAUAUAAUCGAAACUUUUAAGAAAUGUUACUUAAAAUAUGUGUGUAUUCUGUUCCUCAAGAAAAUUGAACAAUCAAACGCAAUCAAGAUUUGCAUACACAAUUGAUUGCAAGUUCCUCUUUUCCAAAGUAUAAACUGCCAGUAGUUGUAUUAAUUAAUUUGAGAGAGAGAGAGAGAG